GCCUUUAUUUAUUCGUUUGCACGCACAUAAUCUCAAGGGUGCUUAACGAUAGUCUAAAAUCUCAUCAUGACGGAACGCAAAGCAGUAAUAAAGAAUGCGGACAUGACUGAAGAGAUGCAGCAAGACGCAGUGGACUGUGCUACACUAGCCUUGGAAAAGUACAACAUCGAAAAGGACAUUGCAGCCCACAUUAAAAAGGAGUUUGAUAAGAAAUACAACGCCACGUGGCAUUGUAUUGUCGGGAGAAAUUUCGGGAGUUACGUUACUCAUGAAACUCGACAUUUCAUAUAUUUCUAUUUGGGCCAAGUCGCUAUCCUUCUGUUCAAGAGUGGAUAAGUUUUUCUCAAACCUGUGUAGGCCUAUUCACCAACACGGAACUAAAAUGUUGGCCUAUUCAAAAAGUGAUUUUUUAUUUAAGGUAUUUUGUAUUCAAGACUGAAAUACAUAUAAGUUAACUUAGGGCCUACCGUAUAUGUCAAAAUUACUUAAGUUACUUACCUUCAUGCAUAGGCUAGGAAGAUUUGUAAACGUUUCUGUAAAGUAAACAAAGACUUAGGCCUAAGUUACAAGCCUAGGCUUAUGAUUGGUAGUUUUUGUUCCUAUAAAUAGGCUAGCUUUAUAAUUUUUACGCCUAUCAGUAUUUUUCUUAAAACGAAGUAACUUAAGCAUCUGGGUAGGCCUACUUAGGCCAAGGCCUAGUGAAAAUGGUCAAUUUUCUCUAAAUUAAGCUAUGUUAGGCCAUAUAGCCUAUUCAAUCUUUUCUUGGCAGGAAUAAGUUGCUGUAAGAAGGAGGACCUACAACUAAAACCUGAUGCUGAAAAGCAGUUAAUUAGAAAAGUGGUGGGCGUAGCCUAGGCCCUAGUUAUUUUGAUCCUAAUGGUUUUCUAGUCUAACUUAAGUUAGGCGGCUUUAGGCCUAGGCCUAGGUAGGUUUUAGGGUUGGCCUAAUGUUAAGCUACAUCUAACUUACCCUGAUUGAGAUAAACGAGGCUUGAUUAAGUCUAAUAUUCUCUUCCUGUACCAAAUGUAAGUUAGGUCACAAAAGGUUUUUUGUAUUAAAGUACUUUUGUUACUCUUUGUAA